GUCGUCAUGUGCGUUUUGUUUGCAAACAGCCGGUAGCAACUCGUGUCGUGUUCACAUCUGAGACGUUCGCAUCUUUCACAUAACUUUUUUAAAUGUUAUUUAAUGUAAAAUAAUGGUACAACUACAUAAUUUUCUCACAGCCUCUGCCAAAAAAUACAUUAGAAGUCAUUUACGUGGAAAGUUCCUCGACAGUUUACGACUGGCCGUGCGAGGUGGCCACGGAGGUAACGGAUUACCAAAGUACGGCGGUGUUGGCGGCCAAGGUGGAGCAGUUUAUUUCAUAGCCAAAGAGGGCAAAACCCUAAAAGAUGUCUUGCACAAGUAUCGUGCCAAAAAGGUCACGGCGGGUAACGGAGAAGAAAGCAGCAAAGCUCGAAUUCUGGGACGCCGAGGAUUAGAUGAGCAAGUUGAGGUCCCAGUGGGGAUUCGAGUGUUGGAAGACGACGGGGCUUUCGUGGCUGAACUGGAUGAGGAAGGAAAGACUUGCUUGGCGGCCGGAGGAGGAAGUGGUGGCUGUGCUGGAAAUUCGUUUCUAGGGAAGGCUGGACAAACGAGAACUUUGAAGUUGGAUCUCAAGUUGAUUGCCGAUGUAGGAUUGGUUGGAUUUCCAAACGCGGGUAAAAGUACCCUGGUGAAGGCCCUUUCGAAUGCUACGCCAAAGAUUGCUUCAUAUCCCUUCACAACGAUACGGCCACAAAUCGGUACUAUUGAGUAUGAAGACUAUCGGCAAAUAACGAUAGCCGAUUUGCCCGGGCUUAUCGAGGGAGCACAUGCCAAUUUUGGAAUGGGUCACAAGUUUCUGAAACAUGUGGAGCGGACACGGCUGCUGUUGAUCAUAGUGGAUGUUUUUGGGUUCCAAUUGAGCCAAAGCCAUCGGCGGCGAAACUGCUUGGAAAAUAUCUACGCGUUGAAUAAAGAGCUUGAGCUCUACGAUAAGACCUUGCUGGAAAAGCCAUGUGUACUGCUAGUGAACAAAAUGGACAAAGAUGGUGCAAUAGAGGAAAUUUGUAAAUACGAUAAAUAUUUUGGGAAGCUGGAAGAUGGUCUUCAGCACUGCCCUGAGGAGUUGAUCCCUAACCAAAUAAUCAACUUUGAGCGAAUAAUACCGAUUUCCGCUAAAAGUGUCACGGAAAUCGACAAAGUGAAAGUCGCUGUGAGAGAAGUACUGGACGCAAAAGCGGAAGAACGAUUACGCAACGACGCAAAAGACAGCGAUAAUCUAGAAGCGCUUCGGGGGAAACUGCACGAGAGAGGGCCAAAAGUGGGAUAGACUCUCUAGGAUUAGGAUCAAUGUAGGAAAGUGGGAAAAAUGUCCUAAGUGCUGCGUAGGGAUGAAUGAAAAUAUAUUUUAGAAUUAACACUUGAA